AUGCUUUCGAUUGUUCUUUUGUUUGUUUUUGGAAUAUUAGCAAAUGCUCAUCUGCAAUCUUCUGAUGGAGUUUCACCUCCUAAAAGUUCACCGCUUGAAGAGGUCGAUGCAGAGAUUCCUCCUGAAGAUAAGAAUUUUUUGUAUUAUUUUAUUAUUGCAACGUUCACAGCCUCGACAAUCAUUUCCACAUUGCUAACUGGAGCAUUUCUUGUUGCAUCGGUGAUCCUGUGGAAGAGAUUCAAACAUAUGAAAUUUUUCUGGUUUCUAUGUAUGCUCACAUUGUCUAUAUUUAUUAUUUCAAUUCUCAAUCUUCUCAUCAAUGUUCCUGCAACAUUAUUUUCUCUCUUAACCAAAGAUUUUGUGAAAUCAGAAGCGUUUCUUCUCAUUUCCUAUAUCAUAGACAUUUGCCAUUACACUAUUCUUUUUUGCAAUCUGGUGAUCGCAGUUCAGAGAUGUUUCGUUUUCUUUUUUCGAAACUUGGCGGACAGUGUCUUUGACACGCCAUUUAUGUAUGCGUGGAUGAUAUCUGUAUAUCUACUUUCACUAUUGGUAGUGUAUGCUAUGAUGUAUAAUAACUGCCGCUAUAGGUAUUCACUGAAUGUUCUACAUUAUGAACUUUAUUGUCAGACAAGUGCAGUUGUCAACUUGCCGCCACCAAAAGCAAUCUCAAUUAUGGAAAUAGUGAUCCAAUUUGCAAUUCCUUGUAUAAUUUUUGGGAUCUAUAUUGCACUUACAAUCAAGAUAAUGAUAAUGAAACAAUCAUCACUGAAAUCAAGUGAAAUCACCAUUUUAAAGCAAGCAUUCUUCGUAUUCUUUGUUUUUCAAGUAUCUUCUGUCGUGUUUCUUCUUUGUCAAACGGUAAAAUUCGGUGUGGCUACUGCAUUUCUUAUCAAACGAGUUAUCAAUACGAUGGAAAUAUUAGCUGGUGCGGCGACGCCUUGCUUCUUUUUCUUCACUUCAAAAGAAAUUAAAAAGAUGGCAUCAGUUAAAAGCUCUAUGAAUAAUUCUCAAGCUAGUUCGAAUAUAAGACUUCGGAAUGUGUCAAGUAUCUCUGCUCUUGGAUCGGUCGCAUGAUUCUUCUAUUUAAAUUCUCAAGAAUUGGAACUAUAACUUUAUACCACUAUACCACUAACAUAUGUUGUAAAGGGGACUAGUUUUAAAAUCUUAAAACGUGUAGAAAUGUACUUUUUAGCUUUCUAAAUAAAUAAUAUAAAUCAGAAAAUAUAUCAUGCAAUUCUUUUCUGGAAUAAAAUUUUUAAUCAUAAACUAUUCUGACC